AUGAAGAUUGCUCUGAGUUGCGUUGUGGUGCUUGCCUGUCUGGCUUUGGCCUAUGGGGAGGAGUGCAGAGACACCGGAGACUGUAGUCACGUGACCUGCCCUGAGAACGACUAUGUCCUCGAGUGCCACAACCGCCAGUGCACGUGCACUCACACCACGGCCAUGUGUACAGCGGCAACCGACUGCAGCGCAAACAAGUGCGACCGUGAUUGGCACUGUGUGGACGGUCGAUGCCGAUGCGGCUUCGGAUUCGGCGGACAAGGCCGAUAG